CCCACCCCCUCCCCCUCCCUCACUACCACGACCACAACCACCACCAGCCACCCUUUUACCUCCACUCGCUCCCUCAAACAACUCUCCAUCUUCUUCCUCGGCGCCGCCAGCCUCCUCGCCUCGACAACCCUCACGCGACGCGCCAUCCACCGGCGCAAACUGCGCAUCGCCCCCAAACUCUUCGACCCGAACACGAAUCCGCACGAGCAUUUCAGCCCGUUCCACGACGCGCUGAUGGCGCUGAACCUGGCGACGAUGAAUUGUGUGAGUGUGGGCGUUAUGGGGGUCGGGGGGGUGUUGUGGGCGGUGGAUUUGUAUGGGUUGGAGGAGAUGAGGAGGGGGUUGAGGAGGAGGUUGGAUUAUGAAAGUUUUUAU